GAAGCUUCCAUUUUUAGGAAGUGAAUCAUGCAAGAUGAAGGCAACAGGUUACAACUAGAGACAAACAGUGUUAUUCACUUAUGAAAGUAUUGAAUAACACUUAUUUCUUUUAUAGGAUAUUUGCACUAAACACAGAAAUGAGCAUAAACAGCUAACAGGCAGUGACAGAAGCUUUGAACAUAUGCAAUUUAAUAACACAUUUAUUUUGCAACACAUCAGGUUGGGACAUUUUCCACAAGAGGUAAAAUCAGUUUUUUGGAGGAUAAUUUGUAAAUGUGUGUGAAAGGCAACUACAGCCAUUCACUAAUAUUAUUACACUUAAUUAGCAUCUAACAGCUAAAUUCAAUGUGAAAAUAGAAAAUCCUGCCUGUAUUAUAAGCAAUGAAUUGAGUAAAGGUGAGUACUAAUCUUUUGGCCAAAGCAUUCUUCAGAAAAGAAAAGAAAAAACACACACAUUCAUAUGAGCAGGCAUACUUCACACACACACAAGCACUGUCUUCAGCCAUUUUAGUAUUUCUUGCUAAAGCAGUAGCAGGUAGGGGUCAUGUGUGCAUGGGGUGUGCCUACUUGUAUGAAAGUGUAUGUGUAUUUUUUCCUUUCUUUUCUGAGAAAGCUUUGGCCAAAAACUUAGUGUGUAACAGUCAUUUUUUGUUGUGCCUGUCUGCAACUUGUAUCAUCUUUAUGUCAGCCCACAACAUCCAAGUGGAAACAGCAAAAAAUGUGCAGCCACACUCCAGAUCAGUACCAUUGGAAACUGUGACAAGAUAUUCAACAUGGAAAUGCAGACUUCCAGCCUACAGCCACGAUUUUUUUAUGCGCAAGAACACAAGUAGCUCCCUGCUAGCAGCAAACCAAAGGAAAACAGAUGCAGAGCAAAAUCUUCACGAACCAAAACUACAAGAAAACCCUGAUGUUCAAACCAGGAAACAUUGCAGGUAUUGGAAAAUACUUUCAUAUUUUUGGGACAGAACAGGAAUAUGUCAAACAUCGAGACAAAUGGAGUUUUCUGUAUGAUAAUGCGGUGUAUGACCAAAACACAGACUCAAUUUCAUGAUCAUUCUGUUAAUUUCCAGAUCACAGCAGAUUUUUGAAGUGACAGUGCAGAAUUAUCACUUUUUUUCUUUUUCUACUAGUUUUGAAACAGUCUGUUUUGUUUUUCGUACAUCUGGAAAGCUAGUUCACUCAACAUUAGGUUGCACAACUCGUACUGUGAAAGAAGUUCUGUGUAGGUGGUUUCAUAUAUGACUGCAGACACAGGAACA